GAAGAGGGAUAAGAAAUAUAAGGAGUGGGUCGAUGACUGAAUCAUCUGAAAAUAGACAAAUUGUACAGAAAGUUAAAGAUGAAAAAAUUCUAGAAAGAGGAAUUCAAUUAAUAAAGGGCGCAAGUAUGAUCAGAACUGCUGGUUCUUUAAUGACUUUGCUUUUCGUGCAUUCCAUAGUCAUAAUAUUUAUUCAAAACACAUUAUUUCACGUUCCAAUAAAUCGAGCAUUCGACUUUGCACUUGUAAAUUUAUUACCGCGGUUAAAUUCAUCCACCUAUUCAUUUAUUAAUAAUUUACCGAUAUCUGAUAUUAUAUCUUGGAAUACUUCAAAGAUCAAUGUAGAAGUUUUAAAAUUAGGAGCAACUACCUUAGAAUUUUCAAUGGGUUGGACC